UUCUUUCUUGCCAUUUUCACUUUGGCUUCCCUAUUCGUAGUGGUGUUUUCUCGUAAUGUUGGUGAUUUUGGGUUGGUUGCGUUUGUCGUAUUGAUAAUAUAAAGAAACAUCAACAAAACGAGAUUUGCGCAUAACAGAGACGAAAAAAUUGUGGUUGGAAAUAAUUUGCAAGGGCACAGUCGAAAAGAAGAAUAAUAAAAGCUGAGCAUACGAGGACAGAAGAAAAGGAAAGGUUGCGAAAACAACAGUUUUAGUUGCCCAAGCAACAGCACGAAAUUAAGGCUGUAGCAGAGUGCCACAAUUUCUGUUAGGUACCGGGAGCGAGGCGAAAAUGGGUUACGAUUUGCAUCGCUUUCAAGGCGAAGUCGACGAAGAACUCACUUGCCCCAUAUGUUCCGGUGUGUUGGAGGAGCCGCUACAGGCGGCUAUGUGUGAACACGCCUUUUGUCGUGCGUGCAUUAACGAAUGGCUCACGCGUCAGCCCACCUGCCCAGUAGACCGCAACGCAUUAAACACCGCAAAUUUGCGCGCCGUGCCGCGUAUACUUCGCAAUCUGCUUUCACGUCUUUCCAUUACCUGCGAGAACGCACCUUACGGUUGCACCUUGGUACUCAAGCUGGACGCACUUAACUCGCAUUUGGAAGAGUGUGAACACAACCCCAAACGUCCAUUACCAUGCGAGAAAGGCUGCGGCUUCGUCAUACCCAAGGACGAGCUAAAGGAUCACAAUUGCUUGCGUGAGUUGCGUUCUAUGAUACAUCAACAACAAUUAAAAAUGGGAGAGCUAAAGACAGAGAUUGCUGAUCAGAAUUUGGUCAUUAACGAACUAAAGCGUGAAUUGCAACUUUUUAAAGACUUUAUGCGCGCAAUGCGCGUUUCAAAUCCAGCCAUGCGCGCAAUUGCCGAUCAAAUGGAACGUGAUGAGGUUAUACGCUGGAGCUCAACAUUGUCGCGGGCGCGUGUUACACGCUGGGGUGGCAUGAUCUCAACACCAGAUGAUGCAUUACAGAUGAUGAUAAAACGUGCUUUGUCCGAGUCUGGCUGCCCGCCACACAUUUUAGACAAUCUUAUGGAGAAUUGCCACGAAAGACGCUGGCCUCGUGGUUUGAGCUCACUAGAGACUCGACAAAAUAAUAGACGCAUCUACGAUAACUACAUAUGUCGACGUAUACCAGGUAAACAAGCUGUGCUGGUUUUAAGCUGCGAUAAUGCUCACAUGUCCGAAGAUGUUAUGGUCGAACCGGGAUUGGUAAUGAUUUUUGCUCAUGGCAUAGAAUAAAUGCACACAUACCAAUAUAGACACACACAAUUCAAAUGAUUAAUAUGAAAAGACAAAAUAGCUACGAAAAAGAAUGAAACUGGAAAACGACAUACGAUUAUAAAAAUUUUUAUGCACACAGCGGAAAUAUCUAUUAAAACGGCAAUAAAGUCGGCGUGAAAAUAAUAUUUUUACUUCAAUUGAUCGAUUAUAUAAUCGUGCAUGACACGUGCAACGUUAGCGAAAUUUUAAGGAAUAACUUUUGAAAUGUUUACCUGGCUUCAAUUGACUUAAAAAGUGUCGUUUCAAUAGCACUUUAAAAUUAAAAUUAAUUUGAAUUUUUUGGUUCACGUUUACAAUUACAAGCUCGAAAAUUUCUAAAUAUGUUUGAGAUUUAUUGUCACCAUACGAUGCUUAAAAUUAAUUUUUAUAAUAUUAGAAUAGUAAUGUUUAAAGUGUCUUAGUUUGGCAUCAAAAAGCUUUAUCAUUUAGAAAGUAUGCAGGGUUUAUUUCGAAACGAAUGUAGACGAUGCUUCAAAUUGCUGAAACAACUACAUACUUACCUAUAAGCUGUAUUCACACCAAAGCGUGCAUUACAACGUUUUGGUGCAACCUUAGUUUGGUUAAAUGUCUUUGAAGUGUUUCAGGAAAAAAAGAUUGGUCUACAUCAGUUGUUCACACACCCAGUUUGCAACCCUCUUACACAUAACAUAAAAGUAUAAUUUUUAAAUACGCUUUAGAAAUAAUUUUACCAUUAUUCCCUCAUUAUUAUCAUAACUGUCUCAUCUUCAAAACUGUGGCUGAUUUAGCGCUUGUUGAUUUUUAAAUAUAAUUAUCAUUAUUUCAAUUAUAAUUCAAAUUAAAAAGACGGGAACUUUCAUAUUUUUUUCACCUUAAAUUUGUAUUUUUAGUCUUAUUUAAGCGAUCUCAGACAGGAAAUGAAUUAUGUGUUAGUAAAUAAUAUUAAAAAUGAAAUGUAACUUGUAUGCCCAAAAAUGUACUAUAUUAUUUGCGCAGUUUUAGACGCAUAAAAGUAGUUCUAUAUACUUAUAUAGUUCUCGCUCGCAUAGAUAGUUUAGAGUACACACAGAUAUUUCCUACAUACUGCAUCACCAUUGGAAGACAUACAUCCAUACAUACAUAUGUAAUAAAUAAUUUCAUAAUGCAAUUUGUUCAGCCAGAAAGCAAAUGUACUUGUAUCGGGUUGCUGUUAAACAUAGAAUGCAAUGACCGCAACAGAAUUUUAUGUAAUGUUAAAUAUAUUACGUAUCUUGUAAUGUUAUCAGCUGCGCUGUUUUCGAAUUUCUGUGGCUUUGCUUAUUACAGCGGAGUCACGCAGUUUUGCUCUUAUUAUAUACAUACAUAAACAUAUUGAAAUAAUAAGUCCAAAUAAAGGUAAAUAAUACAAUAGAUCGUGUA